AUGGCUCCCAUCACCAAGGAGACCGAUUACCUCGUCAUUGGCGGCGGUAGCGGAGGCCUUGCCUCUGCGCGCAUGGCCAGCAACAAGUUUGGCAUCAAGGCCACCAUUGUCGAGAGCAAGCGACUUGGAGGAACCUGCGUCAACGUUGGUUGUGUACCCAAAAAGGUGACUUACAACGCCGCCGCCCUCGCCGAGGCCAUCCACGACUCCAAGUCCUACGGCUUCUCCGUCGAGGAGACAGCCCCCUUCGACUGGUCCACAUUCAAGACCAAGCGCGAUGCCUACGUCAAGCGUCUCAAUGGCAUCUACGAGCGAAACCUCAACAACGACAAGGUCGACUACGUGCACGGAUGGGCCCGCCUUGUCUCCAAGAACCAGGCCGAAGUUACUCUUGACGACCAGUCCAAGGUUCUCAUCAACGCCAAGAAGAUCCUCGUCGCUGUUGGUGGCAAGCCCACUCCUCCUCCUAGCAUUCCCGGCGCCGAGCACGGUAUCAACAGCGAUGGCUUCUUCGAGAUUGCCACUCAACCCAAGAAGGUCGCCAUUGUCGGUGCCGGAUAUAUCGCCGUCGAGUUCGCCGGCAUGUUCAACGCCCUCGGCACGGAGACUCAUCUGUUCAUCCGCCACAACACCUUCCUCCGAAGCUUCGAUCCCAUGAUCCAGGAGGCUGUCACCAACGAGUACGAGAGGCUCGGCGUGAAGCUUCACAGGAGUUCGCAGGCCACCAAGGUUGAGAAGGACGCCAAUGGCAAGCUCACCGUCACCUACAAGGACGACGCGGGCAACGAGACUGUUCUCAGCGACGUCGACCACCUUAUCUGGGCUAUUGGUCGCACCCCCGAGACUCACGGCAUCGGUCUGGAGGAGGCUGGCGUCAAGCUUGGCGAGAAGGGACACAUCCUCGUCGACGAGUACCAAAACACCGCUGUCGACAACAUCUACGCCCUCGGUGAUGUUACCGGCGAGGUCGAGCUGACUCCUGUGGCCAUUGCUGCCGGCCGCCGUCUCGCCCACCGCCUCUUCGGCGGCCCUGAGUUUUCCAACCUCAAGCUCGACUACAAGAACGUGCCCUCAGUCGUCUUCUCACACCCCGAGGUCGGCAGCAUUGGCCUGACAGAACCCCAAGCCAUCGAAAAGUACGGCAAGGACAACAUCAAGGUCUACAAGACGGGCUUCACGGCCAUGUACUACGCCAUGAUGGACCCUGAGCAAAAGGGCCCUACCAACUACAAGCUCAUCGUGACGGGACCCGAGGAGAAGGUGGUUGGCCUUCACAUCAUGGGCAUCGGCAGCGGCGAGAUGCUCCAGGGCUUUGGCGUCGCCGUCAAGAUGGGCGCCACAAAGGCCGACUUUGACAGCUGUGUUGCUAUCCAUCCUACCAGCGCUGAGGAGUUGGUGACGUUGAAAUAA